UCUAGGCCGCCAUUUUGUGCAGAGCCUACUCUGCAAAAGCGGGAGAGGAUUAAAACCACCGGAGGAGAAGGGCGCGUUUCUACACCAUCGCCGACCGAGCACGAAACGGACCCCCGGGCAACUGUACGAAUUCGACGGGAAAAUAAAGAGAGAAAAGCAGGUCAUAUCCAUGGAAGGAGAACCGACUGACGCGGUCGUGGACGAGGGAGGCGAUGCCUUUAAGGCCAAGGAGUGCAAGACGUACCAGCGGCGGCGUGAGGGAGGGGUGGAGGAGGACGAGGAGGUGGGGGCGGAGCUGCUGCAGGCACAGGGGGAGGGGAUGGGCGUGGUGGACCAGCAGGGCGUGGUGGGAGUCAACAGCGACGUGGGGAUGAUGGUCAUGGACCCGCUGGACCCCACGCUGCUGCAGAUGAAGGCGGAGGUGAUGGAUUCGGGCGUGGUCCACCAGGAGGGGGCCGUGGCCGGCUCCGCCCACGAGGCCACCGUCACCACGGUGGACGACACCCAGAUCAUCACGCUGCAGGUGGUGAACAUGGAGGAGCAGCAGCUGGGCCUGGGAGAGCUGCAGCUGGUGCAGGUGCCUGUCUCUGCCGUGCCCGUCUCUGCCGCAGCCGCCGCCGUGGUGGAGGAGCUGCAGGGCACCUUCGUGGACGGCGCUGCCAUGCCCAAGGACGGCGAGCCAGUGAUCUGCCACACCCUGCCUCUACCUGAGGGCUUCCAGGUGGUGAAGGUGGGGGCGAACGGGGAGGUGGAGACGGUGGAGCAGGACGAGCUGCAGCAGCAGGAACAGCCCGAGCCGCAGACCGAGGACCCCUCCUGGGCCAAAGACCCCGACUACCACCCCCCUGUGAAGAGGACGAAGAAGACGAAGAAGAGCAAGCUGCGCUACGACACGGAGGAGGGCAAGGACAUGGACGUGUCUGUGUACGACUUCGAGGAGGAGCAGCAGGAGGGGCUGCUCUCAGAGGUCAACGCAGAGAAGGUGGUGGGAAACAUGAAGCCCCCCAAACCCACCAAGAUCAAGAAGAAAGGUGUGAAGAAGACAUUCCAGUGCGAGCUGUGCAGCUACACCUGCCCGCGCCGCUCCAACCUGGACCGCCACAUGAAGAGCCACACGGACGAGAGGCCACACAAGUGCCACCUGUGCGGCAGGGCCUUCAGGACUGUCACCCUGCUGAGGAACCACCUGAAUACACACACAGGAACCAGGCCACACAAGUGCACUGACUGUGACAUGGCCUUUGUGACCAGUGGGGAGCUGGUCCGGCACCGCCGCUACAAGCACACCCACGAGAAGCCCUUCAAGUGCUCCAUGUGUGACUACGCCAGUGUGGAGGUGAGUAAGCUGAAGCGGCACAUCCGCUCGCACACCGGGGAGCGGCCCUUCCAGUGCAGCCUGUGCAGCUACGCCAGCAGAGACACCUACAAGCUGAAGAGACACAUGAGGACACACUCAGGGGAGAAGCCGUACGAGUGCUACAUCUGCCACGCCCGUUUCACCCAGAGCGGCACCAUGAAGAUGCACAUCCUGCAGAAGCACACAGAGAACGUGGCCAAGUUCCACUGCCCGCACUGCGACACCGUCAUCGCCCGCAAGAGCGACCUGGGUGUGCACCUGAGGAAGCAGCACUCGUACAUCGAGCAGGGCAGGAAGUGCCGCUACUGCGAGGCUGUGUUCCACGAGCGCUACGCCCUCAUCCAGCACCAGAAAUCCCACAAGAACGAGAAACGCUUCAAGUGCGACCAGUGUGACUACGCCUGCCGGCAGGAGCGGCACAUGGUGAUGCACAGGCGCACGCACACCGGGGAGAAGCCUUACGCCUGCAGCCACUGUGAGAAAACCUUCCGGCAGAAGCAGCUGCUGGACAUGCACUUCCGCCGCUACCACGACCCCAACUUCGUGCCCACCUCCUUCGUCUGCACCAAGUGCGGCAAGACCUUCACCCGCAGGAACACCAUGGCCCGGCAUGCGGAGCACUGCACCGGCCCGGACGCUGACGGGGAGAACGGAGCCGCGCCCAAGAAGAGCCGCGUGGGGAGGAAGAGGAAGAUGCGGAGCAGGAAGGACGACAACGACGAUGACAGUGAGGACCACGCCGAGCCCGAGCUGGACGACAUCGACGAGGAGGAUGAGGACGCCCUCCUGACUUCUAGCGAGAUGGAGCUGGAGCAGGCGCCUCCCACCACCCCUGUCCCCGCCCCUAUGCCCCCACCCGUCAAGAGGAAAAGAGGCCGACCGCCCGGCAAGGCCAACCAGCCCAAACCUGCACCACCUGCGGCCAUCAUCCGCGUGGAGGACGAGAGCACGGGCGCAGUGGAGAACAUCAUCGUGAAGAAGGAGCCGGAGCCGGAGGCAGCGGCGGAGCAGCCGGACGGAGAGGAGGCCGAGGGCGAGACGGUGCAGCUGCCCACCGUGGAGGCCGCGCCCAACGGUGACCUCACGCCCGAGAUGAUCCUCAGCAUGAUGGACCGGUGAUGGGCGCGUCCAGCCUGCGUCCCACACGCCAGCUUCCCUGUCUGUCGCAAUAUCCCCAAACUCAUCUCCUCGGUCCGCCUACACUCACACACACUCACUCACACUCACACUCACACACACUCACACACACUCACGCACACAGAGACACACACACCUGCCACCUUAGGUGUAUAUGUUAUGUUCUCUCUCAAUUUUGAUUUAAAAGAAAAAUUGCCUGCGAUAUGUUAAUCGCUUGGGUUUAUUCUUUUUUUCUUUGAGUUUUUUUUUUCCUCCUGUUUUUUUUCCUUGCAGGUAACACUCAGCCCUUUUCUCUCUCGAGUGCUGAGGGAAGUCUUUACUCCAUAUAUCUAUUUUUUUUACAAGAUGAAUUAAAUGUUUAAAUGUGGAUUUAAAAAAGUACAAUGUAAUAAUGGCGAUCCAUGUUCCUUGUCAUGGCAGGAGACUUGCUUACCUGAAAUAAUGAAGCUGGGGAAGGAAGGUUCGGAUUCAUUUCAAAGCUCAACCUUAGUUUGCCAGAUACUUUCCCAACAAACACGCUGUUUCCGUGGUGUUGCCGUGAUGAUGCCAAGUUGUCAUGGCAACAUCGGGAAAACGUUGCAUGUUAGCUUGGUUAUCUAGUCUUUUCACUGCUGUAGAGGAGGAGGGGAGUAGUUUGAGUUUAUUCUGUUUUUUUCCUUGCCUUCUGACCCCUAAAAGGGAUUCACUGUCUGUUCACAGCGCCUUGCAUUUUAACCUGACUCGUCUUUUACACGUCAGCGAUUAUGGAGUUCAUUCAACCAUGAGGAAGUGGUGGUCAGAUUGAGUUAACGAUUAACGAUAUCCAUCGCAUUCUUUUAAAAGCCUGCGAUUAUUAUGUUGUACAAAAACGAUCUUGGCUAGUCUUGCUUGUAAAUAUUUUUUUUUUUGUUUAAUUGCGUAAAUUUUAAUCUUUUUCUAGCGAUGGAAGACCUUGUAAAUGCUGAAUGAAUGGCAUUUUAACAGUAGCUUUGGGAACUGUGCUGAUGAAAGCUGUCCAUCUCU